CUUUAAUCUUCAAUUUAAAUUAAAUUUUAAAGUUCAGUAAAACUUAGAUCACAGGAAAAGUGGAUCCUACAUUUUCGUAAUAAGGUGUUGCAAAGCAAAAGGAAGGGGAUAAAGAAUCAGUUAUUUUAACUUAGCUGAUAGAAAUGAGAUUUUUAAUUGAAUUUUUGAUUUACCUUUUCCGCAUUCGUUCAAAUGUAUGCGGUGCAUUCCUUUGGGAAGCAAUGUAUACAACAAAUAAGAUGCAGAUUUCAACGAUGUGCCCGUAAAUUAUGACCUAUGAACGUAUGAUGGAAUGCAGGUUCAAGCCUGGGGAUGUCGUGAAAGCCAAUUAUACGUUCAAGAAAGACAAAAAUGAGGAUUUACCAUUUAGUAAAAAUGAAACACUAGAGAUCAUUAAUAUAGGCAAAGAUCCGAAUUGGGCCCAUGCGAAGAAUGCUUUUGGGGAGACUGGACUGAUUCCUCUAAAUUACGUCCAGCGGAAGGCGGAUGUUUUAGAAAAUCUCAAAGAUCAUUGUUGGUAUCAUGGACGGAUUUCUCGUGCCGAAUCAGAGAGUUUACUUUCUGGUAGUCCUGUCGGAAGUUUUCUAAUACGUGAAUCCGAUUUGUACAGUGGUGGUUUAACAUUAUGUGUUGUUGGACCUUCAUGUGAAGUCGGAAACCCAGAUGCUGCUGAACAACAGAAUCCUACAGCGACACCUCCAAAUACUACGACUAAUGUACAGCACUAUCGAAUAGUCCGUAGGCCGUUUAAAGCUACCCCUCCUAACCAACAUUCCGAAUAUUCAACACCCCCAAUUUGCAGCAAAAUUCACUACACAUUAGACGAGACUGAUUGGUUUCCAAGCCUUUUAGAACUAGUUCAGUUUUAUUCGGAACCCAAACGCGGAUUAGUUUGUGCACUUCUUCAUCCAGUCCCAGAUAUGCAAAGAAAGCGAUUAAGUGAACUACAGAAACUUGGUUAUCUCAUUUUUCGCAAAGAAAUUGCAUUAGGUGAUCGUAUUGGGCGUGGAGAAUUCGGUGAAGUUCUUAAAGCUACUUAUCAUGGUCGACAAGUAGCGGUGAAAAUUUACAAAAAGACUGCUUCUAAAUUGGCCAUAACCUAUGAAGCAUCACUUAUGACAAAAUUAAAUCAUCCUAAUUUAGUAUCAUUUAUUGGUUUAGUAUAUGAACCAGAUGAUGCAGUAUAUUUAAUUACAGAAUAUUUAGCUAAUGGUAGUUUACUCACUUAUUUACACUCUCGUACACGUGAUGAAAUUACAGAAUUGACCAAGUUGAAAUUUAGUAUUGAUGUUUGUCGUGGGCUAGUUUAUCUUGAAGAACGUGAUUUUAUUCAUCGAGAUAUAGCGGCUAGAAAUGUUCUACUAUCUGGACAAAUACCUAAUUUAAUUGCUAAAGUUGCCGAUUUCGGUAUGGCUAGAGAUUUACAUGAUUUAUCAAUUGUUCCUGGUGCUACAUCAAAUCAAGCGUCAAAAUUGAAUAAUAAUACACCAACGUUGGUUAUUCUUAAUUCCCCAUUAAGUGAUACCAUUGAAAAAUAUCCUAAACCUGAUCAUGAAACUCAUCGUCAAUCUUUUGAGGCAGCUAAUAAUAAUAAUGAUAAUAAUAAUGGUAAUAAUAAUAAUAAUGCAUCUCAUAACUCUCUAAAUCCAAUGGUAUUACAUGAUAAUGCAGCAAUUCCUCUUAAAUGGACAGCUCCAGAAGCUGUACGCGAUCGGUUGUUUACAACAAAAUCAGAUGUUUGGAGUUUUGGCAUAUUAUUAUGGGAGAUUUAUUCUUAUGGACGUAUACCAUAUCCACGAAUGAUGGCUAAUCAAGUAUUACGUCAUAUUGAGUCUGGAUAUAGAAUGAAAUCUCCAGAAGAUUGUCCAUCUACAGUAUAUGCUUUAAUGUUACGUACAUGGCACUGUGAACCAAGUAACAGACCAAGUUUUGUGGAAAUUUUGAAGGAACUCUUGAAAUUGCAUAAUACAACAUCUAAUAUGUGUAAUUCUACACUUAUUCCCCCUAUUCUUCCAUCGAAACUCACUCAUCCAGUGUCCAUUAGUGAUUCUACUGUGAACAAUUCUGUUUUAGAUAUGAAUAAAACAUUUAGUGACUCUGAUAGUACAACCCCUUGGGGUACCACUGGAAAUAAAACAACAACGGUGACAAGUAGUUACAACUCAAUGACGUAUAAAGGAUCUGAUAAUCGUGAAAAUCUACCAUUGAUGAAAAAGCAAUCGAUUAAUUCAACAUCUAGUCGGCGUAAGUAUAAUCAGCGACCUAAAACGUUAGCUGACUUGAUAUCUGAACCAUUAAAUAAUAAAACUAAUGAACAUACAUAUCAUCAUAAUCAAUUACUAAAUAAAACAACUAAUUCAACAAUGAGUCGUUCAUUUACUUCAACUAUAACAACUAAAUUAUCUAAAAAUAAUUCAUUAUCAACAACAAUUAAUCAUUUAAUUCAAUCAUCAAAUGAAUCUAAAAUGAAUUAUAAUUUACCAUUGAAUAAUUUAAAAUUAUAAAUUAUUUUUCUUUUUGUUUCUUUGUAUCCAUGUUGUGUAUUGGUUUAAUUUGAGCGCCUUGUUUGUAUAUUUGCUUAUUGGUUUCAAUUACAUAACUUCUUUAUUUAUUUAGAGAAAAUCUUUUUUUUCGUCUUCUGUGUUUUGAUGUUUAUUACGUAAUUAGUUAUUGUCUUUAUUAUUUCUAUCACAAUACUAUUGCUUAUUAGUCUAUUAAUAUUUAGAUCAGAUCACUGUAUUAUAUAUAUCUAACUCGACAUUGUCAACAGAGGGGUUAUUUUGGUUUUGUUGUUAAACUGUUAACAGUCAUUUUUUCCCCCGUCAAAUCUUGAAGUUUGCUUUCUUGUCUUUUCUUUAUUGUUUUCUAAUAGCAUGCUGUAGGCGUUUGAAAUUCUGCUAAUCAACACACGGUGUAUAUAUAUAUAUAUAUAUAUAUAUAUAUACUUAUAUGCAUAGUGAUGUCAAUGGUAUAUCCUCUUGAGGGAUGUUUUUAUGAUUUAGUUACUUUGAGACAAGUGGGAAGUAAUUAGUUGAGUGACAAUGUGAAGUUUAAUUUAUGAAGAGUACUGGAUUUUAAAAACCACUUCGUGUAUGGUUGGCAAUUAUUCCGGUUUAAUGCGUUUACAAAUUGACCUAUUAUGUAUUUCUGAUUCUUUAAAGUUAAAGACUUAUAUUUAUUCCUGAAAA